GUUGAGAGCGGACAGCUUUUUUGCUCGACUUUUAGCGCGCCGCCGCUUUUACUUUCCGGAAGCUGCCCCGCAGCAAAUCUUCAAAGUAUCUGUCGGUCCACAGCUUUCAUUACUCAACCAAAUCACACAAUGUCUUUUCGCAAAAGAAAUAUAGGACUCUCGGCAGGUGUUGAUCGCAACGGUGCCGUCAAUUCGAACGCGCAGCCACAACAGGCACCUGCAACGCCGGAAUCGACACCCGGAGUUCGCCCCUCCCCCGACGAUGGACGACCGACUACUUCAACAGGAACUCCAUCGCUUGAUAAUCUCUUGGCUGGGCACGGAGGACUUCCCCUAGGAAAGAUACUACUGGUGGAGGAGAAUGGCACUACAGAUUUUGCCGGUGCAUUGCUACGGUACUACGCGGCGGAAGGUGUUGUGCAGGACCAGAAGGUCCAUGUCGUCGGAAUGCCCGAACAAUGGGGCAGAAGUCUACCGGGGCUGCUUGGUCCUGCUGAUGCUGUCGAUGAGAAGCAGGACAAACGGAAAGGCGAGCGCAUGAAGAUUGCCUGGCGGUACGAGCGUCUGGGCGAGUUUGGCGCAGGAGUCGCUGGAUCAAGAGCCUCCGCAACACCUUCAGGAGACCAGAGCCAAUCCGCUACCGAUGCAAAUGUGGAUAAGCGACCAGCAUUCUGCCACGCCUUUGACCUCACGAAACGUCUCACCCACCCUUCCAUAACCAACCUGAACUAUAUACCACUUGCGCCGUCGAACGAGCCUUUGCUCGUGUCGAUUCAAAAGCGUCUCCAGGCCGCAAUUGCAUCAUGUCCACAAAAUACGGUCCACCGCAUCGUUAUCCCUUCUUUGUUGAACCCCACCAUAUACCCACCCGAAACCAGCCAGCCCGAUAACCUUUUGCCAUUCCUGCAUUCCCUCAGGGCCAUGAUGAGCGCACAGGGAGCACGGAUCACAGCAAUGGUCACGUUGCCGCUAUCUCUCUUCCCCCGUUCAACAGGCCUCGUGCGAUGGAUGGAAAUAUUGAGCGAUGGGGUCAUUGAGCUAUGUCCCUUCCCGCACUCCUCCGACGCCCUCGCCACCUCCGGUGCCGCUACAUCUCACGAAGAACCACCACAAGGCAUGCUGAAAGUCCAUCGGCUACCAGUGCUGCACGAACGUGGCGGUGGCAGUGAUCAGAACAUCGGAUUGGAUUGGGCGUUUACGCUUAGCCGGAAGAGGUUCGAGAUUAAGCCAUUCAGUCUACCACCAGACGAAGGAGACAAGGAAGGACAGGAUGCCGCAGUGACGGGUGGAAUGCCUAAAAAGGCAGAUCUUGAGUUCUAGACCGCACGUGGGUUCAGACUAAGAACAACUACCCAGAUCAUUCCUCAUGAUCUGAGUUCCCCAGCAUAUUCUCCAGCUCGAUCUGCUCAGACAUGGCGGAGCCAGUGUUGCCCAUCGAUCGGAAGUAAUGCCUCCCAUAUGAGUCAAGCCCCGGUUCUGAUGAGAAAUGAGAUCGAAGACGAGAGAACCCAAGCCAUGCUUCGAGUAGCAGAAAGGGUGCGAAGAACACCAAGAAUAGUAGGAAGAGGAAGUUCAUUGCGAAUGAAGCGGCAACAGCCACUGGAUGAGCUUUAAACAAUGAUAAACCCCUUACGCG